AUUAUCGGGAUUGGCUGUAAGCUACUUUUGCGGAAAGGUAAACGGAACCUUCCUCGGGGAGUCCACACUUCUGAGCGUUGUGUUCAAAACUCGGCAACAAAUAUGAGCUAAACGAAACUGUGAACAAAACUCAAAGCAGCCGGACUUCAGCAGACAUGGUGGAGGUAUUUUCCGGACGCACACUCCUGAACAAGGACGGAGAAUUUGUGGAUCCUGAAGAGGCUCUGCGCAAUAAGGUGGUGGGGAUCUACUUCUCCGCGGGAUGGUGCCCGCCGUGUCGGGACUUUACCCCCAUCCUGUGUGACUUCUACACGGAGCUGGUGGAGGAGAGGGAUCCUCCGGCUCAGUUUGAAAUAGUUUUCGUGUCUUCUGACAAGUCAACCGAUGACAUGGUUGAAUAUUACCACGACAUGCACGGAGACUGGCUCGCUCUGCCUUGGACGGAUGAUUACAAAAAUGAGUUGAAGCAUCGCUACAAGAUCACAGCAGUGCCCAAACUGGUGAUCGUGAAGGAGAACGGCGACGUGAUCACGGACAAGGGCAGGAAACAGAUCCGAGACCGAGGCCUGGCCUGCUUCAGGUCCUGGUUGGACGCUGCUGAGAUCUUUCAGAACUUCAAGGGUUAGGAAACAAGGAUGAGGAAAAUAGAGGGCCUAACGAAGCUAAUAAAAUCUUCCUGCUUUCCAUUUCAGUGUAGCCGUCUGAGAGGUCGCCGGAUCACCGGACAGCUUAUGUUUCUAUUAGAUGAAGAUCUGCUUAUUUUUAAUUCAUCUUCUGCCCAUUUUCCCGUCAGAGGUCGACCACCAGUAGUUAAAAAUCCAAUUUCAAUGAAACAUUAUGAGAAAGAAUAAUUGUAUUUAGAUUCCAGUAAUUCAUAAGAGCUGGUCUAAUGGUGGUUUUGCAGUUAUUACUUGGGCAUAAGGAGUCAGUCUUGAUUGCACAAUGUGUAGUGGUCAUAUAGUUGGAAUAAUGACACCGUCAGUGAUUAGACUGGAUUCAUCACUAUCCAGUUCUUUUUGCCACUGGAUGUGAAAUCUGCCUGUAAUGUAAAGGCUUGACUGCACAACCAAAGCACGACGAGGGCAGCACUCGUAUUUUUACUCCCAAUACCUGAAAUGGUAGCUGAUGAAACACCUCUUUAUCUAUGGUAAAGAAAAAUUGUGAAGUAGUGGGAGAGAAACUUCUCAAAUUGCAGAUCUUCUAUCA